UAUUCUCCGUAAAAUGGAGGGAGGCGGAUGAGUCUCCGAGGAGAGAAAGAAAGAAAGGAAGGAGGAGGAGUGAGACAGGAGAACAAAGGUUGACUUCUCUUCUCUGGCUUCUACUCUCGCUUGGACAAGGAACCUCACAUAGUGAGCUGUUAGACUAAAUAUUUUCUCUUUUUGUUUGUUUUGAUCAGAGGUUUAUGGUUCAUUUAAGGUUUAGGAUGAACUCGGGUUGUUGUUCUCAAUGGUUUUGUUCGUGCCCGUGUGUGUUGGACCUGUAGUUCCCUUUUUUGUGAGAUUUUUUUUUUCUUCGGGUGAAUAGAAGCCGCGAUGGUGGUUGUCACAUUCAGCCGUGGAUGAGAGGAGAAUGUUAAUGCCGCCACAUUCAUGCUAAUGUUCUACCAGUAGUGGCCUUCACACGUCUUCACAAGUUUCCCUGAUUUUCCAGGGAGUGUUCAGUGAUGGAGGUGCUACAGUGCGAUGGCUGCGAUUUCCGUGCAGAGUCCUGCGAUGAGCUCAAGGCUCACAUUCAGGACGUCCACACCGUUUUCCUGCAGCCCACAGACGUCGGGAACGAAUCACCUCAAAGGUCAAGGUCCGAUUCCUUAAACUCCUUCAGUCACACUGAGGAGGACGACGAGGACAUCACCAAUAAUGAAUGUGAAUUUCCACACAAGGAACCAGGCCUCAACUCCUUCGCCACAGAUUCGGGGCCCUUGUCCAGUUCAAACCAAACGAUUUACAAUCAGUCAGCCGACAAGGCAAAAAACCCAUUUUUUCAGUGCAAAUUUUGUGUGCGCUACUUCCGAUCGAAAUCCCUCCUCAAAGAGCAUGCUAAGAAGGUCCAUGGCAUUGAAGGAGGAGCGUAUUCAAACGACCAUUCAAAUUCACUCGAGACCUCCAAGUCAGGCUUCAACGUUACAGCACAUCAUAGCGUCGAUAAGCUGUACUCGUGUCAGUAUUGUACAUAUAAAUCUCCUCGAAGAGCGAGAAUCCUGAAGCAUCAGAGUAUGCAUCACAAAAAUAAUUUUCUGGCCCAUUCAGAGUCUCCUGUUGAAGCAGAAGCUGAAACAGAGGUUCUGGACAUGGACUCCGAUGCCAUGUCUUCGGAAGAACAGUGUGAGGAAUCACAGGAUCUUACUGAGCGUAACGUUUUGGAAUCCAUGAUCAAAGCAAGGUCCAGAGGUGGCUUCAGCUGUGAGUGGUGUGGCUUCCAGACCUCUCAAAGACAACAGUUAUGUGAUCACAUGAUGAAGAAGCACCGAAACAUGGUGAAGAUUAUGGUCUCACUACAAAAACCCAAAGCAGAUGGAAGUGCAGGAUCUUCUAAAUCAAAUUCUCCUUCAUCGCCAAGAAGCACUCCAACGUCCAACUUGAUGUCAACUGAUCUAAGUGGCAAUGAAGGCUCCUCAGCAUCUGUGAAAGGUAGUGCCUCAGUGAAGUCCCUAUCAGGGCUGUCACCUUUUCAGUAUUCCCAUAUUGCAGGAAAGAUUCCCAACAGCACAGGAUCUUCCAUACUGUCAGAGAGGUCGACUUUUGCCAUGUCAGACGUGUCGCACUCAAGGGUGGAUCUGGAUACCAGCGUGUUGAACGAUUCACAAAGCAGCUCUGAUGAUGAUGAACUCUGUGACGUUGAUGAUCCUACUUACAACGACUCGUUGUGCACUGUGGAUUCUGCUAAGCUGCUUCUGUCAGAGGAGGAUAAUAAACUGCUGGAGACCGAAGGAAUUCCAAUUGGAAGGCAUCUGAAUAAAUUCCAGUGCCCGUUCUGCUCUUUUUUGGCUAAACAUCAUAGCAGUAUCUCUCGCCAUAUAGAAAACAUACACUUAGCCAGCCAGACCACCUUGUACAAGUGUGAUGAGUGUACAUUUCUUUGUACAAGUUCAGUAAAACUUGCCACACAUAAGCAAUGUCACAGUGGCUCCUCUACUGAAUGGGACAUCAUGGACCUAACCAAUGAAAGCCAAGAUGGCCAAAUUGAAAACUCAGUCAAUGGAGGAAAUGGCAGCUCUAACAUGAAUGGCCAGAAAUCCAUCGAUGUAGAAGAGGAAAAUUCUCAUCACUGUUCACUCUGUAAUUUUUCCACAAUGACACUGAAAGAUUUACGUGUCCACCAGCAACAUAAGCACUCAUACUGUGAUGGGGUACAGCCCACAAGUCAAGACGAUUCGUUAAAUGAGCAGCAGGAUUCUGAAUCCGAAUCAUACGGAACAUCGAACUUUGUGCAAAAAACUCAAACGUCAAUCCUUGGAUUUUCCUCCAGAAAGCACCUCAUUGGAAAGACUGCCAGGAAGUCCAUAAACGACUUGCCUCUGGAUCUGUCUCCGGUCAAGAAACGAACAAGAAUUGACGAAAUUGCAAACAACCUUCAGAGUAAAAUCAGUCAGAGUCAGCAGCAAGAGGACGUUAUUAAUCUCGAUGAUAUGGAGGAUGAGGAAGAGGAAAAUGAAAAUCAUGUGGAUGAGAAAAAAGAGAAAGAUAACUCCGAGAUUCAAAGCCGACGCUUCACUUAUAAUACGCAGCAUUUGUACAUCAGGAAACCUGAUUUUGUUCAAACGGAGCGUGGUGUCGGCAAAAGGAAGCGUAGCUUGCAGUCCAAGUUAACCUCAAGAAACAUCCCUAUCCAAGUCACCGUCUCCGAUGAUGAGGACAGCUUUGGUGCAGAGUCUAAAGAUAUCCAUGAUCAAAGCAGUCAAGAUAGCAGAGAGAUGUAUCAAGAGAGCACAGAGUACACAGAGGAACCUGGUAACCUUUUCUACUGUAAACACUGUGAGUACCAAAACAAGUCUGCUCGCAGUGUUAGCACCCAUUACCAGCGUAUGCAUCCCUACAUUAAGUUUAGCUUUAAAUACAUUCUUGAUCCAGAGGAUCAGAGUGCUGUCUUCCGUUGCCUAGAGUGUUUCAUCGAAUACAACAACUUCAGUGACUUACACAAGCACUACAUGGAUCACCAUCCAGAAGCUAGCAAUGUUCUCAACUUUAACCAGCCAGAUUUGGUGUACACGUGUCGCUUCUGCUCAUACACCAGCCCAAAUGUCAGAAGCCUGAUGCCUCAUUACCAAAGAAUGCACCCCUCAGUGAAAAUCAACAAUGCCAUGAUCUUCUCGAGCUACGUGGUCGAUCAGCCUCAGAAAGGAACUACAGAGUCGCAGACACUGAGAGAAAUCUUGAAUUCAGGGCCCAAGAGCUUCACCAACUCUGCCUCAAGGUCUUCUUCCAGUCCCGCCCUUAAAAACUCGAUCAAAACGCCUGACUCAAAUGUAGACUCUGAAGCCUUCAGAGAAGUCGUCGAUGGUAAUGUUGUGGUGUACGAUUGUGACAUGUGCUCAUUUGCAAGCCCUAAUAUGCACUCCGUAUUGGUUCACUAUCAGAAAAAGCAUCCUGAACAGAAGGCAUCAUACUUUCGCAUACAGAAGACCAUGCGGGUCAUAUCGGUAGAUCGAGCACAAUCAUCAAACAACUCCACAUUUACCCUGUCAAGUACUCCGAAGCCCUCAAAUGUUAUGCCCGUGACUCUGGAUGACGAACUUUACUACUGCAAACACUGUGUUUACAACAAUCGAUCUGUGGUGGGCGUUCUAGUUCAUUACCAAAAGCGCCAUCCAGAAAUCAAGGUGACUGCUAAAUACAUAAAGCAUGCACCUCCUACACUUGGGUUGAUGAAACUCAUGGAUGAGUUGCAGAUUGCACCUCCUAAAAAGUUUCUGAAACAGUUAAGUACCAAUGCAACUGAUGGAUCCAAUCAUUUGCCUCCAAAAGGAACUGCAGACAAGGGGGAGGGUGAGAUGUUGUUUUUCUGCCAGCACUGCGACUAUGGAAACCGCACUGUGAAAGGAGUGUUGAUCCACUACCAGAAGAAGCACAGAGAGGUAAAGGCAAAUGCAGAUUUGGUUCGAAGACACACCGCUGUGGUUCGCAGUCAGAGGGAAAGGGCGCAGAUGAUCCAAACAGGAAGUUCCACAUCCACUGCAACCUCAGCCACUGAUGCAGAGAAAUCCAGAGCACUUAGAUCUUUAAAGUGCAGACACUGUGCCUACACAUCUCCCUAUGUGUAUGCCUUGAAGAAGCAUCUUAAGAAGGAUCACCCCACUGUGAAGGCCACAGCCAUGACCAUCUUGCGCUGGGCUUAUCAAGAUGGAAUCUUGGAGGCUGGUUAUCACUGUGAAUGGUGUAUUUAUUCCCAUGCUGAGCCCAGUGGGCUGCUCAUGCAUUACCAAAGACGACACCCAGAGCACAACGUUGAUUAUGCUUAUAUGGCCAGCAAGUUGUGGGCCGGUCCUGACACGUCCACCUCCAAGCAAGUGGGCAACUCUGAGAUAAAGCAUUACCAAUGCAGAGAUUGUGCCUUUGAGGCUUGUUCUGUUUGGGACAUCACCAACCAUUACCAAGCUGUUCAUCCGUGGGCUGUCAAAGAUGACGAGUCUGUUCUCAUUGACAUCAUUAAAGGAAACCAUACAUCAGAUAAGCUUAUGUCUCCAAUGGGAAAGGGAAAUGUCUCAACAUCCAGCCCAUUCAACAGUCUCCAGUCUGAUGAAGGCACUGUGGAGAUUAGCAGGUCGGUACCUGAACACCAUCCCCACCUUUCCUUCUCCACCAGCUCGUCUAUAUCAAACAAUCCCUACCAGUGCACUGUGUGUCUGUCUGAGUACAAUAGCCUUCAUGGACUUCUGACUCACUAUGGCAAGAAACAUCCUGGCAUGAAAGUGAAGGCUGCGGACUUUGCACAGGAAGCAGAUAUCAAUCCUAGUUCAGUUUACAAGUGCAGACACUGUCCGUACGUGAACUCCCGCAUCCACGGGGUUCUUACACAUUACCAGAAACGCCAUCCACUGAUCAAAGUAACGGCUGAAGAUUUUGCUGAUGACAUUGAGGAGGUCAAAGAUUUGGUGCCGGAGGGAGAUGAAAAAUCAAAAAACCAGAGGCAGGGAUACGGUGCCUACAGGUGCAAGAUGUGCCCUUAUACUCAUGGAACACUUGAGAAAUUAAAGAUUCAUUAUGAGAAAUAUCACAACCAGUCUGUUUCAGAUAUAUUUACACCAACGCAAAUGCAAUCCUCGGUUAGAAAAGAGGACAAUGUCGCUGAAUGCAGUGCUAGCAGUAUGACUGAAGCACCUGAGAGAUGCGAGAUCGAUCUUACGCUCUCGGAAUUCGCGAAGGGAGAGAAACAUACCGUGUUCAGAUGUCAGCUGUGCAAAUACUUCUGCUCCACCAGGAAGGGUAUAGCUCGGCACUACCGCAUCAAGCACAACAAUGUACGAGCUCAGCCCGAAGGCAAGAACAAUGUCUUUAAAUGCGCCCUGUGCUCCUACACCAACCCCAUCCGGAAAGGUCUGGCUGCUCACUAUCAGAAACGACAUGACAUCGAUGCAUACUACACACAUUGUCUCGCUGCUUCCAAGACAUUGACUGAGAAACCAAACAAAGUGACUGUACCUCUGGCCUCUGAAGAAGAUAAAUCAGCGAUGAGUGAGGAGCUGAGACAAGCAGUAGACCGAAGGAAGUGCUCACUCUGCUCUUUCCAGGCAUUCAGCAGGAAAAGCAUUAUCUCGCACUAUGUCAAGCGCCACCCGGGGGUUUUCCCAAAAAAGCAAUCCUCUAGCAAACUCGGUCGUUACUUCACUGUGAUUUAUCCCAAGGAUCCAGAGACAUCAGCCAUUAUGGAGGACAUAGAACUGGUGGAAGUAAAAUCAGAGAAUGACGAACACCUGGAGAACGCCUUGGAAUGGCCACAAUUCAAGUGCAUGAAGUGUUCUAAGCUGACCUUUGACACCACUGACCUUCUCGUCUCACAUUACAAUGAUUACCACAGCAACGAGCUCAGGCGGGACUUUGUCACCAUACAGAGCCCAGUGGAGGAAGGCGCCGAGCUCUACCAAUGUGCUCACUGUGAAAUCAAGUUCCUCACACUUCCUGAGCUUAGCAUCCACCUUACAAAGCACAACGAGAAGUUUGAGAAAAUUACAGUGCAACACGAACGGAGGAAGCAGCUCCAGAUCAGGCGGAAAUCCACAGAGGCACAACCAGAAAACAAGAUGGAUGUCUCAGUUGAAAAAGCUCCUAUUGGCUACCGAUGCAACUUUUGUGUUGAGAUUCACCCGACACUUCGAGCUAUUUGCAACCAUCUGAGGAAGCACGUUCAGUAUGGCGAAGCCAAAGAAGGACAUGUGGAGCAGGGAGUGGUGGAAAUUUCUGAUGGCAUCGCCAAUGGCAGCAUGGAGGAUGCGGUCAGUACGGAGACUAUUCCCACUGAGGCAGGGGAUGGCGUGUUGGUCACCAUGGCGACGGGGAUCACGGAGAGGGUUCCGGAACACCGGUGCGAUAUGUGCGAUCGAGUUUUCAUGUCCAUGCAGGGACUCCGAUCUCACGAACGAAGCCAUUCGGCCACAGCGAUGAUCAACAGAGACGACAAGUACAGUUGCCAGUACUGUCAGUUCCAGUCAGCUUUCAGACACAAUCUGGACCGACACGUUCAGUCUCAUCACGGACAUCACAAACCAUUCCGGUGUAAACUCUGUCCCUUUAAAUCAGCCUACCUGAGCCGCCUGAAGAGUCACCUGCACAAAUCACAUGCAGGUGAGAACACAUAUAAGUGCAUCUCAUGUCCAUUCUCGACGAUGACGAUCAGUCAGCUGAAGGAUCACUCACUGCAAGAACACGGGGAAACUCUCACACUGCCCCGACUGAGAGCCCGAGCUGCCCUGCGCACCACCCACACACUCACACACAACAACACACAACACACACAAAGCGACGCCAACACCAAAGACUCUGUGUCGUAUUUGGAACCGCCAGAUGUUCAACAGCAGUUGAGUCAUUACCAAUUGGCGUCUCGUAAUCAGGCUCCACCCACUCUCUUGUCGGUUUCUCCUGGCCCCUCCCCAUCGACAGGGGCAGAGACGUUGGGAGCAGCUCUGUCCCGCCCUGACGCCACCCUAACCUGUGAAUUCUGUGAGUUCAGCUCAGGUUAUAUGCAGAGUCUGAGGAGACAUUACCGAGACCGCCACGGAGGAAAGAAACUCUUCAAGUGCAAAGACUGUUCCUUCUUCACCUGCUACAAGUCCACCUUCACCCUGCAUGUGGAGGCCGGACACAGUCCCCCCUCUGAUGAUGGACUGAGAGAACUGCGCUGUCCUUUCUGUCUCUAUCACACCAAGUCCAAGAGUCACAUGAUCGACCAUGUCCUCCUUCACCGAGAAGAGCGCGUGAUCCCUCUGGAAGUGUCUCGCUCUAAACUGUCUCGUCACCUGGACGGUUUGAUCUUCCGCUGUCAUAAGUGCACCUUCACAUGUUCAAGUGCCGACAGUCUGCAGCAGCACAUUGACAAACACGAUGAGCCCAAACCAUACGAGUGUCGACUGUGUUACUACGACACAAAACACCAGCAGCAGCUCGAGGAUCACCUCCGAGACGAACACAAGGUGAUCCGUAACUUUGAGCUGAUGGGCAGAGUGAAUCUGGACCAGCUGGAUGUUCUGAAAGAGAAAAUAAACAGUGAAGAGGAAGAGGAACUGAAGGAGGAAGAGGAAGAAAAGGAGGAACUGGUGGCCAUUGAUGAUGAUGAGCAAACCGAGGAGGCAGAAAGAGAAGAAGAGAAAGAGAUGGAGGAGGAAGUGACAGCCACACAGGAAGAGAGUAAACAGGAAGCAGAGAUGGCGGAAAUGAUGAUGGCGUGUUCUCCGAGUGCAGGGAAAAAGUUUCCAUGUGAGUUUUGUGGCAGAACUUUUUCUCUUAGUUUGGAAUGGGAACGUCAUGUUCUCCGCCACGGCAUGACUGUUAACAGCAACAUGAGAGCUAUGAGCCCAGUUGCCUCAGUAACAAUAACAGAUGGAGGCAUCGACCAAUCAGCUAACACUACAGAAGUCGAGAGAGUGUAUCAGUCCAGCCAAUCGGAGAGUUCUGUUCAGAAUGAGGAAGACUGAGAGACCAAAAAUGACUUAUAGAAAUGUACUGUGUUAUAAUGGUGUACGGUUUGUUGUUGGAAAAAAAAAAAAAAAAAACUAGGCUGCUUCAUGGACACUUGAUUUAAAAAAAAAAAAAAAAAGUGAGGAAAAAAGCAAAACUGUUCAUGGUUUUGAAGCAUUGUUAGAUUUUAAGUGUUAAACAUGGGUUCUAUAGGUUGUGUUACAUCCUAGCUGUGUGUUAAAUCGCUGAUCCUUUAAAAAGUGUGACUUGGUCCCAUAGGACAGAUGCUAAUAAUAUAUUGGUAACCAAUAGUGACGAAUCUGUAAGAACUCUGUUCAGGUCAAAUAAACACUUCCUGUAAGGUGACGUGUUAAAAAUGUCCCUCGUUUUACUUACGUUCUGAAGGCUAAAUAUAUUAAUGAUAAAAUGAUAAAUCUAUUCAAACUUUCAGGCAUGCACUGGGUGAAAUUCUACUGGAAUUAUAUUAAAGGAACAGUUUGUGUUUCAGCACCCCCAGUGCUCCAUGUUAGGCUAACUGCAGUGAAAUUUCAUGUGAAUUUUACCCAGAAGAUAUUUUAUUGGCUUAAGCAUAGGAUAGGACAUUAUGAUUAUGAUAUUUAUAUUUGAUUUUAUGGAUAUAUUGGUGUCUAUUUUUCUCCCAAAGAAGUUAAUUACACUGUAUAUUUUUUUCCCUUAAAAAUUAAAGGGGAAAAAAAAUUAAAUAAAAAACAUUUUUGAAAUGUUCUUUAUUAAGCAAAUACUUGCUGGAUUAGAUUGGAUUAGACACUUAAAUAUUGAUCAUAUUGCCAAAAAAAACCAAAAAAAACCUGAAUUGUCUAAAUUUUUAAAAAAUGUAAUUACAUUUUAUUUCAUUUUAUUAUAUUACAAAAAAAUAUAUUAAGAAAUUACUGGCUGUGUUAAACAUCAAUAAGCAUGUCUGUGAUAUCUUUUUAUUUAUAUAUAUUUGGCACAUUUUUCAACAUACAAAAACAAAACAAAAAUAGAAUUGUUAUUAUAUUAUAUUAUAUUAUAUUAUAUUCAGAACUCUAAAUUUCUUUUUAUUAGGCAUUUAAAAAAUGUGUAAAAAAUUCAGGCUCCAUUUCCGUGAGCCAAAAUUUGUGUGUAUUGUUUUAAUUAGAACCAUAAGACUCAAUUCUAAACAGCUAUGUUUCUGUCCCAGUAUAAAAUUAUUUCUACUGCAAGUAUUUUGUUCGCAAGAUUUUUACAGCUUCAGGACACUAAAAUGACGGAUAUUCCUCGUUUUAGCGAUUUUUAAACGAAGCUGUGAUGAUUCCGUAACGCCUGACACACAGAUCGUGUGAUUUGACCUGAACGCUGACUUACAGAUUCAAUAUUUUUUUACAUUUUUAGCCUUGUGUUAAUCUUUAAUCCUGUAGCUGAAUUCCUUCAGGAAUAGUCACCAUCUUAUUUGUAUCAGACGUUUGUUGAUUUUAUUUUUAUUUAAUUUUAUUUUUAUUUAGUAUAUGGACAAACACUGGGCCCCAAAGUUUUGUAGCAAAUUGCUACUGUAGUUUUAUUCUAUUUUUAAUUCAAAUUUUUAUUUAGUUUCUGCUGCUUUGAAGGCAUGUUCCUGCACUCCAUCAUGUAUGAAAGCAAAACUUAAAAAAAAACAACAAAAAAAAAACAACCUGUUUAUGUAGUGACUUAAAGCACCUUCAACGCCAUGGCUCCAUUUCUCUUUUUUUUUUGAUUACAGGAAACAAGAACUGAAGAAGAGUAGCAUUUUGGGUUUAGCUAUUUGAUAUCGAGCAGCUCAUCCCAACAAGCAAUUACGACAAUUAAAAAAAUUGUUUUAUUUGAACAUGCUUCUCCUUAAAGGAACAAUGAAUAGAUUGUAUGUGAUGAAAGUUGCUGCUCAAAAACCCUGAAGCCUUAUUAUUAUUAUUAUUAUUAUUAUUAUUAUUAUUAUUAUUAUUAUUAUUAUUGAGGUAAUUUUUCACCAUUUCUUUCCAAACACAUUUUGGUGCAGUUACAGUACAAUACAGUCAUGUCCCAAACUAAGGGAAAAUCAUUUUUGGGCAGUGAGAUGUUGACCCGUUUUACAGCAGUCCCAUAAUUCUCAGAGAAUUUCUCAAUAAAUUAGUAAUUUUUUUUUAAACAAAAUAUUGUAAUAAUUGACUCUGUAUUUACCGUUUUUAUCAUAGUAUUACACAAUUACCUGCAUAAAAGUUUCAUUUCGUUAAUUAAUGUCUGUGUAAAACAAAAAUCAUUUACAAAUAGUUUAGAAUUCAUCACAUUUUUGAUAGAAACAGAAAUCAUGAGGAGUUGUGGCAUCACUGAUGGAAAAAAAAACAACUCCUACAUGAUUGUCUUUCCUGCUUUGUCUGAUUAGCAAGGAAGGAGAAUCCAGCUGUAUUCUGGGUAAUCAGCUUUUUUUUUCUUCUUCUUACUUUCUUUUUUUUUUUUAACAGAAGCUUCAUGUCAAGUGUUUGGGAAUGUGGUGGGGUUUUUUUUUUUUUGGUGUCGUCCAUAUUUAACAAAAAAAAAAAAGUCAUUUUGUGUGGUUAUAGGAAAUACUUUUCUUUUUCUACCUUUAAAAAAGAAAAAAAAUGUUUCUUUCUUUAUAAGCCUAAAAGUUUGUAAAAGACAGAAACCCGUUAAAUUCUGAACACUGGAUUGUUGUACAUAUGAUUUAGAGUUUUGUUUGUUUGUUUGUUUGUUUGUUUGUUUGUUUUGUUUGAAGUUAGUUGAACAGUAGCCCCUCCAUCUCGCCUUCUUCCUGUGAAACCCGUGACGUUGACUAGAAGUUUGUUGUUUACACUUUGAUUUCUGGAUAUUCUGUAAAUAUUGUAAUUCAUCGGGUUUUUUUUAACUUGUUAAUAAAGUUAUCAGAUAACGAGAAA